AGGAAGAGGGAGAGAAACGGGCUGUAGCCAAAGUGGCUAGUGGCUAGCAGCUAGCACAAAAAAGAGGAAGAGAGAAAUGGAGCUGUCAUAAAACUUUAAGGAAUGUUUCUCUCAUCAAACGGGCAAGUACAGCUGAGGAGAAAACAGCCUCGGCUCUUCGCGUGCACGAGAUGAUGACAGACCAUCAGCAGUGGGUGUUUAUGAAGUGAAACAGCUUUUGUUCGUGCGAGGGAGCUGUUAGAUUAGAUUAGCAGCUAGCAGUCUGUUAUUAGCACGCUAAUGCUAAAUGCAAUCCUCGUUUUCAGAUUUACAGACACAUUCGACCCAGAUCCAUCUUUCUGAAGGAAGAGAGGGGAAUUAAACUCUAUUUAAAGUGAUGACGAAGGCUUUGGCGUUCACAUGAUUGACAUUUCCCAGUCACAUGGCCAGACCCUGCGGUUAGCAUCCUUCGGUCAGCAGAUAAGACCGUCCCAUGCCCUCACCUGACUGGGUGUACAAGGAUGAAGAAGAUCAGUCUGAAGACGAUCAGAAAGUCACUUAACAUAAAGGGCAAAGAAGAUGGGGAUUUCGUCAUGCUUCAGCAGCCAUCUUUAGCGGCCGAGUUCACCAAGGAUGACUCUCUCUUUGGAGGCUGUUACACCAAAGGGCUGGUAGGUUGCGAUCUUAAUGGGGACGAUGAGAAGGGUCAUAAGAACCGAUCGAAAAGCGAGAGUCUUAUGGGCACUCUAAAGAGGAGACUGUCUACCAAACAGAAAGCAAAAGUCAAAGGAGGCUCCACUGCAGUGGGCUCUGGAGAUGAUGAUGACACCUUCUCUUCCUCGUCGGUCCCGAUAAGCUUUAAUGAAGUCAAAGCCCAGCGGCCCUUAAGGUCCUCGUCCCUCCGAAGCCAUCAUUACAGCCCUUCUCCGUGGCCUUUCCGGCCCAUCGGCUCCGAAGAGGCUUGCAUAAAGAUGGAGGUGAAGGUCAAAGCUAUGGUCCACUCCCCCAAUCCCAGUCCCUCCCUCAAUGGCAUCAGAAAGGAGUUCCAUGACAUCCAUUUAGAAGGUCUGUUCCAGGAUCAGAGCGAGUCUUUGAAGGACAUGGAGACUCAGAGUGGCAACUUGCAUUUGAACAUUGAGGAUCACGUGCCUAUUGGACUCACACCUCAGGACUACAUCCAGUACACAAUGCCUUUAGAUGAGGGAAUGUACACAGAUUCAUCCCAGUCCUUCUGCUUGGAUGGUCCCUCGCCAAUGGAAGUGGUCGAUCAGGUCAAAUCUAACUCGUUGCAUGUGGAUCAGGGCCCGGAUGACCAUGAUCUCAUGCCAUCGGACAUUCUCAUGGAGCAGGAGGUGAACGGACACCUUCCUGGUACUCCGGCGAUGGUCCUUUCCAACUCCAGAGCCGACACACCUUUAUUUUCUCCCUCCCUGUCACCUCUUUCCAGCAACGAUAUUUCAAGGACCCUCUCCGGGUUCAGUGGUGCAGACUCUCAUGUUGUCGAGAGAGUGAGGCACCACCUGAACUUUGACCCUAAUUCUGCUCCCGGUGUUAGCAGGGUGUACGAUUCUUUCCAAAGCAGCGGACCCAUGGUUGUAACAAGCCUUACAGAGGAACUUAAAAAACUGGCCAAGCAGGGUUGGUACUGGGGACCUAUAACUCGAUGGGAGGCCGAGGAGAAGCUCAUCAACCUUCCAGAUGGCUCUUUUUUGGUGAGGGACAGUUCAGAUGAUCGCUAUCUCCUCAGCCUGAGCUUUCGGUCACAGGGAAAGACGCUUCACACCAGGAUCGAACACUCGAAUGGCAGAUUCAGCUUUUACGAGCAGCCCGACGUAGAAGGUCACACUUCCAUCGUAGAUCUCAUCGAGCACUCUAUAAAAGACUCUGAAAACGGUGCGUUCUGUUACUCCAGAUCCCGUCUGCCGGGGUCUGCCAUGUACCCCGUUCGGCUGACCAAUCCCGUGUCGCGGUUCAUGCAAGUGCGUUCGCUGCAAUAUCUUUGCCGCUUUGUCAUCCGUCAGUACACGCGGAUAGAUUUGAUUCAGAAACUGCCUUUACCAAACAAAAUGAAAGAUUAUUUGCAGGAGAAGCACUACUGAACAGACUGUAGUGGGAUAUGGUAAUAAAUUGCACUUUUUGUUGAGUGGCGCGUUCUUAAAACAGUUUACAUAUAUGGAGGUCAGGUGAUCAGUUGCGUAGGUUGAUCCGAUCUCCCCACAGAAAUAUGCGGUAAAUGUGUUGUUGCUCAGAUUCAGUGUUUUACAUUUUGCAGGUCUUUUCAGAGCAACGUAGUAAGUCCAGAAACUAUUUAGUAUUGGGAUGCCAUGCCUAAUACACAUUCGUAUUGAUUAUAUAAAUAUGUUUUGCAGUAAUGUUAAUACAAAGCUUGGAUUUGAAGAUUGGAUGUUGCAAUAAUGUGCUUCAUUCAUCAAUAGUUUUGCUGUAGUGUAAAGGCCCUUUCACACGGUACGCGGCUGUCGCGAGUGUCUAGUUCAUUCUCAAUGGGAGACAUGCGGAAAGCGACAAAACGCUGGCAGUUUCGCUAGCAGCGCGGAGGUGGAGAGCAAGCGGUGCUCGUGCACCCAAAAUCCUGCCGCUUCCACGGGCACGGCAAUUCGUGGCAGGCGCCGCCAAAGAUAAAAAUAUUUGAUCUUUUUGUGAGCGGCAGCCACGUUGGUUUCAACCAAUCAGUGAACAGAUUACUAAUAACCAAUCAUAGAACAUUUAACUGAACUGCCUAUUGGAAAAAUAGAGGAGAAGAUUGUUUUAAGUGUAAUAGAUUUCCCAGAACUGUGUGACCCAUCUAAAAUCUCAUACAGAGACAUAAAUAAAAUUAUAUUUCAUUCAAAUUUUUACUUCAAUCGUGACCUCACAGGUAUGCUCUUUAGGCAAUUCAGCAAAAACAACUUCUCUUGUGCCAAACGAAAAAAAAGGUAAAUAAUGACAACAAUUAAUGGCAGAAUGAUGCAAACACAAGUUUCCGUUAUGUUUUACUUAGUUUUUAGUAAAUACAAAAGUGAUGUUGACAAUUGUAACUAUGGCAACGUCCGCUCUGAGACCGCAACGCGACCACCGCCUCAACUGCACAAAACGUUUCCACUACAAGAGAAAGCGCGGCGAUUCCACCGCUUGCCGCGUCACAUGUGAAAGGGCCUUAAAGGUGUGGUCACAUUGGUGAAAUUUCAGCAAAAUUUCGUGAACAAAAGGUUAUUUUCAAUAGUGUAGCGAUGUAUGAAGCACAGCUAUUAGAAGUCACUUUCAAACCAAGCAGUUUUCUGUUGGUCAGUGUGGCGAAUAUGUUGUGAAAUCUGUGUGAGGAAAUCUUUCGCAACUUGUGUGAAAUUCCCAAUCAUGUGGAUUCCUAUUGAAAUUACUGGGUUUUCGCCCAAGAAAAUUCACCGAACAAUGAUGCAAGUGAUCGCACCUUUACAAGAAAUUUGCUUUUCUCUGGAAAUAUGAUGUCAGCCACGUUUUUGGCAGGUUUUCAUAGUUUUCCUUCUACAAAUCGGUACUUUUAAUGAAACUUGCGAAUAUGCUUUUGUUUUGGUGGAAUAGUUAUCAUGUCGAAUGCUUUAAAGUUCGACAGACAACUUUUGUGAGAGAAUAAGUAUUUAUUUAGGAUUAAUGCUUUACAUUUAGAGGUUAACAGUAAAACAUUUAUUCGUCCGUUGGACUUUUGUAGAUCUGUGCAACAGCAAAUUCGCCACAAAAUAGGACUGUGAAUCAUAUCCAAAACAAAUGUUAUAGAAUAAUAUUUGCAGAAUGCCACAAAUCUGUGAUGUUAUACAAAAAGGGAGCAGGUAGGGAACAAAAGAGGUUUUGUUUUUUAUUUAUUUUGUAGAGUGUGGUUCAUACAGUAUUCUGUUCUGUCUAAAUCAUUUUUGGCUCAUGUACAUUAAGCUAAGGUUUAUUAUGGUUCAUGAGCAUCUUAUUUGUUUUGUUAAACAUCAUUUGAAGUAUUUUCAUAUUCUAGUGCUGGAAUUAAUUGGAAUUGGUGACAACCUACCCAAACCUAAAAGCACAGUUUUAUAGAGACAUUUCGCUUGUUUAUACUUGAACCAUAAGCAAACUUUCAAUUAAUCUGCAAAUUUCUCAAAGGAAUUAUGCAUUCAUAAGUUUUUUUUGCCCUUUGCCGAAUGACAGAAGGCUUUCCUCACCCUCUGUUCUCCAAAAUAGCAGCAUGUCAGCCUGUCAAUAUUUCAUAAACUCUGCUUCAAGCCAAAAAUGUUGAACUUUUACAUUUGAGAAUUUAUACACUGUUGUGCAUUUUGUUUUUCCCACGCCACCUAUCCUCUUUCCAGUCACCUGAAAGGGAAUUAUCAGUUGCUUUUGUUUUCUUUAAUGAGGGCUUUAAUAGGGCUUCAGAUAGGAAAAAUUGUGGUCAUUGGAUGCUCGACUUUUGUAAGAGUUAGUGGUUUUUGCGCAUUGCUUAAAUAAUGCUGGGAUAAAUAUGACAUGAAAUGGUUUAGCUCGUGCGCUCAUAUGAGUCGAUGCUGCUUGGCAUUGGACUCCAUUGAGAUAAUCAGCAAACAGGAGAGCUUAUAAAUGUCUCUAGCUGGCAUAUUGAAUGUGUGUGAAUCAGAGCCAGAACUUUCUAUUUGCGGUUUCACACCACACAUGGUCUAAGGCUUUUAAGGGCCUUUAUAAAAAAGUGCCAACUGGUGUUCACAGAAACCGGGGAACAAUGCCGUGGAAAGUAUUCGUGAGCCAUCUUAAGGAGACUUUGAAGGUUGGCUGGCAAAUAAACACAGUUUGCCAUCUUUAAUAUUCAUUAGUGAAAACAUAACCCAUAGAUUUCAUUCCGUCAGUGAUAAAAUAUGCUUGGUUUUUACGUAAUGCAUAUAAGGGAACAGUUUGAGAUGAAAAUUGCUCCUUAACACACCUGGAAACAUAUUUGAAAUGCUGUAUCUAUGUGUGUUUUCCUUUGGUAAAGAAUAUGAUAUUCAUGUUUAUUUGCUGUAUUUGAAUGAUUUCUUUCCAAUUAAAUGAAGGGUUUAUUUGAACGAGUUGUUGGAUGUCAGAAUCACCUCAAUUGUGUGUGUUUGAGAGUGUGAGAGUUGUGGUUGAGUAAGCAACAAAAAGAGGAAUGUUUUAGGCAAGGCACAACAUUUUCAAUAAGUUGAAAAUGCGUUUACCUGAAUGUGGAAGUCGACAAAUGCAAAAACUAAAUGUGAACCGAAGUGUUUGACCACAGUGUACAUUGAAUUUCCUUUAGUUUUUAGUUUUUAUUCCCAAAUGUGUGGCAUAAUUAGAAUAAACACUGAAAAUGUUCAGUGUGUGAGAGCAUUUGUUUAGAAAAGAAACAAAGUUGCCGGGACUCCAUCACGUUCAAUAUCAUUUUCAUGACCUACCUUGUAUGUAUGUGGUUAGAUGUCGUAUUGUAUGUAUGUCGUAUUUUGAACCGAUGACAAUUGAGCACUUAACAAGCUUCACUGAAAUAUCUAUUUUUCUGAUUCAUGUUUUGUUGUCCUUGUGCUGCGAAUGAAGGUGAAUGUUUACAUGAUGCAUUUAGUACAGAUUAGUUUCUCUUUGUUUAGAUCUCUUAAAACGUCUUGGUACAAUUUUACAACAUAUUUCUUUAAUGUGUCAUACACAUUCGUGCUGCUUUACGAUUAUGAUUGCCUUUUUAAUUACAAAGUGGGGGAGACAGAAUGUCACCUAGAUAUAGGCCUAUGUAUUUACAAUGACUUUGGUAUACUCCUCCUGAGAAAGUCAGAUGCAAAAAUUGUAUUCAACGUUUUUAGUUAUAUGAUAAAAAUGCUCUGAAUUCA